CAUAUCGCUAUCUACAUUUUCACCUUAUUUCUCACAAUGUCUCCAAGAAAGUCUUUUAAUAAUAUCAUGAAUCAUGUCCCUAAACUUCUCAUAGUCACCAUAAUCUUUGCUAUCUUAAUUCAAGCAUUCCAUAAAUCACCAUUUUAUAAUAGUCUUCUUAUUAAUAAUGUUUCUUUAUUCCACACACUCACUUUUGCUUCCUUAACCAUAUCUAUUCUCACACUAUACUUCAUGAACAAGCCUCGAACCAUUUACCUAGUCGACUUCGCUUGUUUCAAGCCACCUUCAAGUCUUCGUGUGCCAUAUGCCACCGCGUGUGAACACGGGCGCAUCAUUUUAGCCACGGAGCCCAAAAGCAUCGCAUUCCAAGUCAAAAUCUUUGAAAGAUCGGGUUUGGGUGAGGAAACAUCUUUGCCUCAUGCAUUACAUUACAUUCCACCAAACCCGACUAUGGUUGAUGCUAGAGAUGAGGCCCAAUUAGUCAUUUUUUCAGCCAUGGACUCUUUGUUUUACCAAACUGGAAUCACACCAAAAGAUAUCGAUAUUUUGAUCGUUAAUUGUAGUCUUUUUGCACCAACUCCAUCACUUUCGGGUAUGAUUGUUAAUAAAUAUAAAAUGAGAAGUAAUGUCAAGAGUUACAAUUUGUCCGGAAUGGGGUGUAGUGCGGGUUUAAUAUCUAUAGAUUUUGCAAAACAUCUACUUCAAGUACAUCCCGAAUCUAAUGCGGUUGUAGUAAGUACAGAAAUAAUAACUCCUAAUUCGUAUAUGGGUAAAGAAAGAUCGAUGCUUCUGCCAAACUGUCUAUUUAGAUUGGGAGGAGCAGCGAUCCUCUUAACCAAUAAAAAGUCACAACGGAAGCAUGCAAAGUACAAACUUUUGCAUGUGGUCCGGACCCACAAAGGGUCCGAAGACAAAUCUUACCGUUGUGUCACUCAAGAAGAAGAUAUAGAAGGUCAUGUUGGGAUAGCCUUAAACAUGGAUCUAAUGAUCAUUGCCGGCAACUCUUUGAAAACAAAUAUCGUAACCAUCGGACCGUUGGUUCUUCCUAUAUCGGAGCAACUUUUAUUUGUUUUCAAUCUUUUGGGAAGAAAGUUUCUUAAAAUCAAACCCUACAUUCCGGACUUCAAAAAGGCGUUUGAUCAUUUUUGUAUACACGCGGGUGGGCGUGCGGUUAUUGAUGAGCUUCAAAAGAGUCUAAGGUUGUCGUCCGAGCACGUAGAAGCUUCAAGGAUGGCGUUACACAGGUUUGGAAACACGUCUUCGUCUUCAUUAUGGUACGAGUUGGGUUAUAUUGAAGCAAAAGGGAGAAUGAAAAAAGGUGAUAGAGUUUGGCAAAUAGGAUUUGGGAGUGGAUUUAAGUGUAACAGCGGAGUUUGGGAAUGUAACAAAGAUAUUCAACCAACAAAAUUUAGUGCAUGGGUUGAUUGCAUCGAUAGGUACCCGAUUAACGAGCCAGAAGUUGUCAAGCGUUACUAAACAAUAAUUAAGGACGACUGAAGUGGAAAA